GAAGAUGUACUAGUGCUAUAUCCGUUGAAUCGCAACAUCGUAAACGAUCCUGGAUUGAGACUGCUCUCUCGCUUGGUGUACAAGCGAGUGUGUGAGUAUGGCCUCCGCAUACCAGGGCCGGGUGCGGGCGAUGGUCCGUGAGGGACCCAGUGCACCCAGGUCGGAGCGUGAAGCCAACGUGUUCACACCGUUGCUGUCAUCCGAAUACGCCCACUUCAGCCCCCCGGCUUACCACAACGGACUCCCAUUGGGAAGAAACGCUUCAGGGUUCGAUGAUAACCCGAACCUGUACGAAUUGGGUGCGGACAGUCCCGCGACACAGACCGCCCCGCAUGUGCUUCGCGGGUUUGACCGCAGAUCGACUGGGGAGGAGAACUUAAGCAUUGAAGUGGCCAACGUGCACCUGGAAGUGGCAGAUCUGGACCACUUCUUUAUCAGUGUAUAUGAAUACUUUCUGCGGAAGGGUUUCUGGCCUAGUGCGCUCAGUCGCCUGUUGAACCUAGUUCAAGCUCACUUUGUUGUCUUGGUAACGGUUGUGCUGGUGGCCUG